AUGGCUGUUGAACAGAUCACCAAAGGCGGUGCGUCCACCGCCGUGGUCGGCUCCAAACAACGGGAAGAAGAGCAAAUAGUCAAUGGAGUCAACUUGGUGAAAUUGAGAAUCCCCAGUGUACAAGCGAGAGAUUUCGAAUCCACCAUUCUCGCUGGCAGAAAUCACCACAUAAUAAGAAAUGAAAAAUUGCCCACGCUCACGAGAACUAGGGGCACCGGCAUCGACGGUGAUGGAAAAGAAGAAGAGGACAAGCUCAUGCACGUUUCCGACUCACGCAUCUUCCAUGCGGCUGUAGUUCGGUCUUCGCUAAUCUUGACUUUUGGCGUUGCUGUCUGCUUGAAUUCUGCUGCUUGGUUGGUACUGCUUGUUUGGGAAACAAUUAGCUGCUGGUUAAUUAGGUUGAUUUUUUAG